GUGUGUUUCCUUUCUUCCAGGUGUGAGUAAACAGCAGGUACUGCAUCUGUCUCUUAGGCCUGUUAGGGAGUAAAGGGUAGGGUAGGGCUGUUCUGCUCGGUGGAAAAGUGGGCGUGUACAGAGGAAUGACGUUUACAGUGUUACCUAAUGUCGACUUGGACGAAGCCUUUCAGUAGAAAUGAAACUCAACUGAUGACCCAGAUUCGCUCCACCUUAAACAGGUAACCACGCCCUGUGAACCAGGAAGAGACUCACCUGAGAACCUGAGAGAGUAAUGGACCACUCCAUCACCGCCUCCCUGGAAGAUGAGCUCCAGUGCUCCAUCUGCCUGGACGUUCUCACCGAUCCCGUCUCCACCCCAUGUGGACACAACUUCUGCUCUGCCUGCAUUGAACAAUGCUGGACGAGCUCUAAGGACCAUCACUGUCCUCUCUGUAAAGAGAAAUACACCACCAAACCAGAGCUGAAGGUCAACACGACCUUCAGAGCGGUGGUGCAUCAUUUCCAGAGAAGACAAAGCUGCAGCAGACCUGCUGUUCCCUGCGACGUCUGCUCUGGACGGAAACGUCCGGCCGUGAAGUCGUGCCUGGACUGUGCUACAGCUUACUGUGAGUCUCACUUAGAGAACCACGCCACUGCACCCAGACUCAAGAAGCACAAGCUGAUGGACCCUGUGGAGAACCUGCAGGACUACAUCUGCCAGAAUCAUGAGAGACCCCUGGAGCUGUUCUGUAGAGACGACCAGACCUGUGUGUGUCGGUUCUGCACUGAGACAGACCACAAGACUCACAGCACUGUUCCUGUAGAGCAGGAGAGUGGAGAGAAGAAGACUCAGCUGGGGAAGACACAGGCAGAUGUUCAGCAGAUGAUCCAGGUCCGAAUGAAGAAGAUUGAGGAGAUCAAUCACUCUGUAGAUCUCAAUAAGAAAAACACAGAGAAGGAGAAAGCAGACAGUGUGGAGGUCUUCAGGGCUCUGGUGCGCUGCAUUGAGAGGAGCCAGGCGGAGCUGCUGGAGGUGAUGGAGGAGAAGCAGAAAGCAGCAGAGAGGCAGGCUGAAGAGCUGAUUAAAGAGCUGGAGCAGGAAAUCACUGAGCUAAAGAGGAGAGACACUGAGCUGGAGCAGAUCUCCCACACUGAGGACCACCUCCACCUCCUACAGGUUUACCCCUCCCUCUGCAGACCCCCACCCACCAAGACCUGGACUGAUGUCAGGAUUAACACUCAUCUGAGGGUGGAGACUCUGAGGAAAGCUCUGUCUCAGCUUCAGGAAGCCCUCAGUGAGGAGAUGGAGAAGCUUCCUGAGAUCAAAAUGAAGAGAAUUCAACAAUAUGCAGGAAACAGUCUAAGAAAUUGCAUCACCUCUUCACCCAGCACCACUCUAUCAUCUACAGCAUCUGCUAGACGUUCUUAUGGAUCCUCAGUUGCUUUAAACAGCUUAUCUAAAGGUCUGGGAGAACUGCAGAGACAGUAUGCAGUGGACGUGACCCUGGACCCGAACACAGCCUACGCGAAACUCAUCCUUUCUGCAGAUAGGAAGCAGGUAUGGCACGGGUUAACACCUCAGAACGUUCCCAAUAUCCCGGAGAGGUUCGACACGACGGCCUGUGUCCUGGGAAAGGAGGGGUUUUCUUCCGGAAGGUUUUAUUACGAGGUUCAGGUCCGAGAUAAAUCCUCCUGGGUUCUGGGAUUGGCCAGAGAGUCCGUUAACAGGAAGGGGAUGAUCUCAGUCAGUCCUGAUGAUGGAUUCUGGACUAUUCAUCUCAGGAAUACGACUAAAUAUCUGGCUCUUGAUUCUCCUCCUGUCCUCCUCUCCUUAAAUCAGGUUCUCCAGAAGGUGGGGGUGUUUGUGGAUUAUGAGGAGGGCCUGGUCUCCUUCUAUGAUGUUGAGACCAGCUCUCAUAUCUACUCUUUCACUGGUCAGUCUUUCACUGAGAAAAUCUAUCCGUUUUUCUUUCCCUGCAACAAAGGGGAAAGCUCGAGACCAAUGACCAUCUGUACCUUCAGACGUCGCAUUUAAUACUUAACGAAAUUAUCUGCUGGGUACUUUUACUUUGAAAUUCAGAUUUACUUUGAAAGAAACUCCUGAAGACAGAGCUCUUCAAAGAGCUCUUACUCUCCUAACACCUCUAACUAACUACCUUCUACUACCAGAUCAGGAGAAUCUCUCACUAUCUUUAAUAAACUCCUGAAGACAGAGCUCUUCAAAGAGCACUUACUCUCCUAACACCUCUAACACACUAACUACUUCUAACCCCAUUUCCUUCUUCCCCUCCUUCACUCCUCUAUCCUAUUAUUCCCCUUUCUCCUCCUUUUAUCCCUAUCCAAAGAUGUUUUACCUUUAAACUUAUUUUACAUUGUACUUGACUAUUGUAAGUCGCUUUGGACAAAAGCGUCUGCCAAAUGUAAUGUAAUGUAAUGAAAGUAAGUGCUAAAAAUGACGUAACAUCGAUUUUAUGAUGUUCCAGUUAGGGGUGGGCGAUAUGGCUCUAAAAUAAUAUCACGAUAUUUCAUGGUAUUUUCACGAUAACGAUACUUUUGGUGAUAUGACAAAACGCUGAAUUAGAAAAAUUAUUUAGAGUUUUAUUAUUGCAUGCAAUAUGAUAUGGCUAAGUGAGAUAUUAAUAAAAAAAAUAAUUUUAUCAGAUUUGUAACAGAAGUCAAUGAUCCAGAAUGUCAUGAUAAUAAUAAUAAUAAUAAUGCACUCCAAAUUAAUAUAAAAUAAAUGAUACUGGACAGAUAUAAUCUAUAGUCUCUAGUAGAUAUAUAAUAGGAAAUGAGAACAGUGUAAUUUUUUCUUCUGAUAAAAACAGCAAAAAAACAGUACUCCUGAUGUGAUAAUUGAUAUCGAUUAGAUAUCGUGAUAUUGCACCAUAUUUCAAUAUAAUAUCGUUCACGAUAUUCUCAUUUUUUUUGCGAGAUUAUCACGUACGAUACGAUAUGGCGAUACACCCCUAGUUCCAGUUAAGAGUGUGCCAUAUUGUAUCGUACGUGAUAAUAUCGCCAAAAAAUUUUAUAUCGUGAACGAUAUUAUACCCUGAAAUAUGGUGCCAUAUCACGCACCCCAAUUAUCACAUCAGAGUUCUAAUUUUUUGCUGUUUUAUCAAAAAUAAAAAUUCACACUUUUCACAUUUUCCCAAUAUAUAUAUGCUAAAGACAGAUUAUAUCUGUCCAGUAUCAUUUUUUUUACUUUUAUCCUGGAUAUAUGGAGAGAUUUGGAGUGCAUUACGACAUUCUGGAUCAUUGACCUCUGUAACAAAUCUAAUAUAUAUAUAUAU